AGUUCUGCCUCUGGAGGAGAGUGUAGCAGCAGCCUGGCCACAGCCUGCCGUCUGUCUAUCCAUAAACCCAGGCUGGCUGGCUUCCUGUUUCUCCUCUGUAACCUGCCUGGCCACCUAUCUGUAAGGCUGUCCGUCAUCCUUUCUGUCCAGUUGUCUGGCCUGUGUGGCUGUCUGUCUUGACCCAUCGAUCUUUCCCCUCUGUCCAAUAGCCUGAGAUCACCCUGUGUAGCUUCUUUUCCCUUCAGUUUGUCAGUCAGUUUGUCUGUCUCUGUCUGUCCACUGCCCUGUGUGUCCAGUUGCCUCCCUCUCUGUCCCUGGGCCACUGAGCCAUGGCUUGGGGUCACAGGGCCACGGUCUGCCUGGUCCUGCUGGGUGUAGGUCUAGGUCUGGUUAUCGUUGUGUUGGCUGCGGUCCUUUCUCCUCGUCAAGCCUCUUGUGGUCCCGGUGCCUUCACGCGUGCUGCGGUAGCGGCUGACUCCAAGAUCUGCUCGGAUAUUGGACGAGCCAUCCUCCAGCAGCGGGGCUCACCUGUGGAUGCCGCCAUCGCUGCCCUGGUCUGUACUGGUGUUGUUAACCCUCAGAGCAUGGGUCUGGGCGGAGGGGUUGUCUUCACCAUCUACAAUGCAUCAACAGGCAAGGUAGAGAUCAUCAAUGCACGGGAGACAGUGCCAGCCAGCUAUGACCAAGGCCUGUUGAACCAGUGUAAAAACGUCCUGCCAUUGGGCACAGGGGCCCAGUGGAUCGGGGUUCCUGGGGAGCUCCGCGGCUAUGCUGAGGCCCACCGCCGCCACGGCCGCCUGCCUUGGGCUCAGCUUUUCCAGCCCACCAUUGCACUGCUCCGAGAGGGUUUCCGUGUGCCCUUUAUCCUCAGCCAAUUCCUCAACAACAGCAUCCUGCGGCCCCACUUGAGUGCAUCAACCCUGAGACAGCUCUUCUUCAAUGGGACAGAAACCUUGAGAUCUCAGGACCCAUUCCCAUGGCCUGCGCUGGCCAACACCCUGGAGACUGUAGCCAAGGAGGGUGCGGAGGUCUUAUACACAGGGAGACUGGGCCGCAUGCUGGUGGAAGACAUUGCCAAGCAAGGAAGCCUGCUGACAGUUCAGGACUUGGCUGCCUUCCAGCCUGAAGUGGUGGAACCCCUGGAGAUGCCCCUAGGAAACUAUACCCUGUACUCGCCGCCGCCGCCUGCAGGGGGCGCUAUUCUUAGCUUCAUUCUCAAUGUGCUGAAAGGGUUCAACUUCUCUGCAGAGACGGUGGCGCGGCCUGGAGGGGAAGUGAACAUGUACCAUCACCUUGUAGAGACUCUCAAGUUCGCCGUAGGGCAGAGGUGGCGGCUAUGGGACCCUUCCAGUCACCCGGGGAUACAGAACAUCUCCCGGGACCUCCUCCGGGAAGAUCUAGCCCAGCGCAUCCGCCAGCAGAUUGACGGCCGUGGUGACCACCACCAGCUCAGCCAUUACAACCUGACUGGGGUCAGGGGCAACCGGAUGGGCACCUCUCAUGUGUCUGUGUUGGGAGAAGAUGGCAGUGCUGUGGCAGCCACCAGCACCAUCAACACACCCUUUGGGGCGAUGGUGUACUCCCCACGGACAGGCAUCCUCCUGAACAACGAGCUUCUAGACUUAUGCUGGAGACACAUGCCAACAUCCCCGAUCACCCCUCCACCUGUUCCAGGUGAGCGGCCACCAUCUUCCAUGGUACCUUCCAUCUUGGUCAACAAAGGCCAGGGAUCGAAGCUGGUGAUCGGUGGGGCAGGUGGAGAGCUGAUCAUCUCUGCCGUGGCCCAGACUAUCAUGAACAAGCUGUGGCUUGGCUUUGACCUGACAGAAGCUAUCGCAUCUCCUAUUCUACACGUCAACAGCAAGGGCCAUGUGGAGUAUGAGCCCAAAUUCAACCAGGAGGUACAGAAGGGGCUACAGGACCGAGGCCAGAUUCAGAGCCAGAGCCAGCGGCCAGUUUUCCUGAAUGCGGUCCAGGCUGUGUUUCAGGAAGGGCCCUGCGUCUAUGCAGCGUCUGACCUGAGGAAGGCUGGAAAGGCUUCAGGAUACUAAGUCAGCUCUGCCCAGAGCUGGGAUCUGGCCCACUACGAAUGCUGUGACUCACAUGGGUGAUGCUGUAUGCCUAAGCACUCCAGGACCUGGAUCCCUUGCUGUGAGGUCAACCUGGGACUGAAAAAGAACAAGGAUCAGCUCAGCAGGAUGAAUGACUGGAGAGAGAAGGACUGACUUGUCCUUGAUCCCAUCCCAACACCUCCUGUGGCCCUGCCUUGGUUCUUCUAGCCUUGCCUUGGCCUCAUGCCCACCCUCUUAAAUGGUGUACCUGCCAGUCCAAGAUUAAAGAGGAGCCACAGCGUGAACUGAUUUGGUGGUUCUAAGCAGGUAAAGAGACCCUCAGAGAGUCCCCAGUGAUACAUAGCACAACACAGAUUCCUAUGGUCCUUCGGGACUCGACAUCAGGGUUCAGAGAUGGGCCAGCCUUAUGGAUGAGGCUCAAUGGGCAGAGGCAAGCACACCAUUCACCUCUACUCUGCUCCAGCUACAAUAUCUUUGGGGGAUCUGUGAUGUGUCUGCUCCCACCUCACCCCAUCUUGCUUGCUGGUGGGAAGACAGGAGCAUGGCUUAUUGUACUUGUCCCUAACUCUUGUGAUGUUUUUCUGCACGCAGGAAGAGGUUGGGUAAAGCAAAGCUCGGGUCUUAAUACUCCAUGUUCUUGAGACAAGGGCCCAUGCUUGGCAGUGCUGACAUCUGAGAUGACAUUAUCUUUUGUCGCAUGGAGCUGUCCCCACAUCACACACCCUUGACACAAUAGCAUCCCCUCACGUAUCCCCAGAUGCAACAACAAACUGUCACUGGACAGGGCUACGCCACCCCUGGCUGAGAACUGCCUCUCUGGAGCAGUGGGAAACUGUCAGAGAUGGCUUUGCAGGCUACCCAGUAGGAUGCUCCUCGGGGAUGUCUCCCUAGAGGGACCUGAGCAUCUGACUCCUACGAGUAUCAGGUACCUCUGUGUCACCUCAAGUGCCUGUGGGAGUUGCGCUACUACAUACAGGGUAUUACAACAACCUGUGUGGCUUAUGCAUCUCAAAGAAUGCUGGUUCAAUUGUUAAGAGCUCUUUUCUUUUCUUUUUUCUUUCUUUUUCUUUUUUUUUUUUUCUUUUUUUCCUUUUUGGCUAGGACCUAGGUUUUGAUUCCAGGCUCCUACAUAACCAUCUCUAACUCCAGUUCCAAGGGAUCUGAUGGCCCUUUCUGACCUCCAUAGGCACCAAGGAUACAAUAUAAUAUGCAUGCCUACAUGCAGGCAGAACACUCACAUAUAAAAUUAAAUGAAUAGAUCUAACUUUAAAAUUUGUUUGAAAAAAAUGAUGACUUACAACUCUGAAAAAGAGGAAGCCUGAGAUAAAGGUGCGUGCAGAUUCUAUGCUUAGCGAUGGUUCAUUUCCUCACAGCCCGUCAUGUGGUGGAAGAAGCUAGGUGACUUGCUAGGGUCUAUUAAAGGAUGCUAACCCUCACUGUCUAAGAAAGAUUGGUUCCAGGACCUCCCCCAAAGAAGACGUGAUUUCUGUGGAUGCUCAUGGCCUUUAUAUAAAAUGUAGCUGUAUUUGCAUCAGCUCCUUGGAAAACCAAGAGCUGGAAGCUAAUGGGGCAUUAAGUGAGGUUCAGGUGAUAUCUUCUGGUGUUCCUGAUGACAGUUUCCUCAUCUUCAUUGUGAUGUUGUGGUAAGGGAUGGACACCCCCCCACACACACACACCUUGGUUUGAGAUCAUAAAACUCUCUGCUCCCUUCUAACACAGUUUCCCACUGUUCCUGCUUUUCUGUGCCUAGCCCCAGGAUCUUUCCUGAUUUAUAACUGCACGAUUCAAGCUACUGAAUCUUGCUCCACGUGCCCCUUCUAUCUCCUACUACAUCUGUGGGAACCCAACUCAAGUGCUUUUGAUCAAAGAGGGGUGGCUACAUCUUUUGGCUAGCUCUCGCCAUGUGAUAAUGUCAGUGUGCUUUCCGUAUCAGAUCAAAGAGGUAACCUAAGACCUCCAUGACAAGUUCUGUUCUUGAGAGAUUAUUUUUCCUAGUAUACUAAUUGGGUUCUAAGAGGAACUUAAUGAUUCUGCUAUGACCACAUACCUCUGAUGUAUUGUGCCCAGAAAAAAAAAAUGGUGGUUUGGGUUUCCCCCUGAGCCUUAUAGAAUAGCAACUGAUGUUAUAUAUCUGAGAGAGGCAACCGUAUCUUCUUCCUGCUAAUUCAUCUCUUGAUGUAUAGUGAAAUAAAUUUGAUCCUCAAGCUUUAGAAAGAAAGAGCUGGCUGUGUACAAUGUCGCCAGGCAACCAAUUAAAUGUUAAGAAGAAUAAAUAAAUGAUAGGCAAUUUAACGUUU